CAUUCUAGUUUAAUGAAACUAUAUUAUUGACAUAGAUAUAAUUAUGAAAAGAGCAAUCGAAAAAUGUUGGCGUGAUUCUGCUUCGCUUAUAGUGCUUGCUAAGCGAAAUUUAGAUGCGUUACCGAGAAACAGUGCGGAUGGAUGUAACUAUGAUAUCUUGUUGCAGACUCGAACGCAUAACGCUUCUUUCUCGAAUAGUGUAGUGUUUCCGGGUGGUGUCUCCGAGGAGGCCGACGCCGAUGACCACUGGCUACCACUUUUCACCUCCUUUGGGUAUACACAACGGGAUUUUGAAGCGCUUCACAGACCUGACGCACCAACAAACCUCAUAUUUGAAAACAAUCCCGUGCGAAGGCACGUAGCGUUACGAAUUUGUGCUAUACGAGAGACAUUUGAAGAGCUUGGGUUACUAAUUUGUAGUUCAGAUCACAAAAAUAACAAAGCUGCUGCUUGGAGUACAGUUCGCACUGAUAUAGAUACUGAUUAUUGGCAAUUAAAGAUCAGUGAAAAUCCAUCAGAGUUAUUGAACCUAUGUAAGGCAUACAAUUGUUAUCCAGAUAUUUGGUCCUUACACUAUUGGAGUAACUGGCUUUCCCCUGCCUCGUUACCAAAACGUUUUGAUACUGCGUUCUUUGUGACGGCCGUUGAAAAUAAAAUAACUGAUAUUAGUAGCAAUAGCGAAGUAGUCAAAGUUGAAUGGGCAAGCCCUAUAGAUAUAUUGGAUAGAAAUAGCAAAGGGGAACUACAACUACCUCCACCUCAAGGUUAUGAGUUAAACCGAUUCAGUCACUUUUUGGAUAUAGAUAAAUUGGUUAAUUUUGCCAGAAAUAUAACCAAUCAGGGUAAUGAGCUUCUUUUCCCCAUUCCUAUACAAACUAAGGAUGGCUGGAUUUAUCUCCUACCAGGUGAUCAUCAAUACCCAACAAAUGUAGAUUAUAAUGGAAAAAUUAUAAGAAAAGACAAGACAAUAAUUGAACUUCGCGACACAACCAAAGCUCUUCAUCGUUUUGAAGCUAUUGGGUCCAAAAGAUACCUUGUUACACACAAUUUUCAACCAAGAAACCACAUCAAUAUGGGAAAUCAGAUUAAAGAAGUGAAUAUUAAAUUUUCAAAUAAAAACUAA